AUGGCUGGUACUGUAUUAACAUGUGAAGAUGCAAAAAGUGCUGAAUUGGCUGGAGCUAAAUUCCUCAUGAGCCCUGCACUAGUUAGUGAUAUUCUGGAGGUUUUCAAAGACACGUGGAAUUACAAUGGAGACGAUGAAUUUGUAUAUCAAAAUGAGAGCACAGAACCUGCUGAUGUAUGUGUCAUUAAGUUAGGGGGAACUGUUGGAGAUAUUGAGUCGAUGCCAUUCAUUGAGGCUUUGCGUCAGCUCUCUUAUCGUGUUGGUCCUGGAAACUUUUGUUUGGUUCAUGUCAGUCUUGUACCUGUUUUAGGUGUUGUUGGUGAGCAGAAAACAAAGCCAACACAGCAUAGUGUUCGGGAACUUCGAGGAUUGGGUUUGACACCUCAUCUUCUAGCAUGCCGCAGUGCUCAGGCUUUGGAAGAGAAUGUUAAGGACAAGCUAUCACAGUUUUGUCAUGUUCCAGGUGGGAAUAUUCUCAACAUCUAUGAUGUUUCCAACAUUUGGCAUGUUCCUCUCUUACUAAGGGUUGACUUGGAUCUUGGUAACUAUGAAAGAUUUUUAGAUGUGACUCUGACUCAAGACAACAAUAUUACUACUGGGAAAAUAUAUCAGUCUGUUAUUGACAAAGAACGAAAAGGAGACUACUUGGGAAAGACUGUUCAGGUGGUUCCACAUAUUACAGAUGCCAUUCAGGAAUGGAUUGAAUGUGUUUCUCUCAUUCCUGUAGAUGGGAGCUUUAGAACAGAACAAGGGUAUAGUCCGAUAAUUUUUCUCGGAUGUUGUAGUUGCAAGUUUCCUGGUAAAUGUGGUGUAUGCAAGAUGUAA